AUGUGCCGUGCAUUCUACUUCGCCACUACCCUCCUCAUCGUGACCAGUCCCCGCACAGCUGCUGAUUUCAAACCUUUUGAUGCGCAAGACCAUGACAUCAUACCAAACGGUGUUACUGACACGAAGACGUCACCCAGAAGGAAUCUUAAACGUAGCGAUGAUGACGUGUCACAUGCAACAUCUAAGGAAGAGCGCGUUAUCAUUCAUGAUCUCCUUGAUGGGGCAGGUCAAAAUGCCCGUUUGCUGUACGAACAUUCCAACACAAAUAGCAUCGAUGACUUAACCAAGGGGAUCAUCAAAAAUGAAGACGUGGCCGCUUUCGCCGUUGUGAAAGACAAAAGAAUUGAACUUCUCCAAAAGAAAUACGACGACGCUGUCGAUAAAUAUCAGCAGGCUGUCGGCAGGCUUCAAAUGGCCAUAUCCGAUUACGAGAAUGAACACCUGGCCGCCAAUAAAGCUGACGAAGUUUACCAAGCUGCCUCGGAAUUGAUUACACACCAUUCCUCUCAAGCAAUGAUCGCUACCGAAGAUGUCGACAGGGCUCUUUUCGCUAUCAGAGCCCACUCUUAUGAAGCCGCUAAAGCAGCCCAGAUCGCUAUUUACGAUCUACAGCUCCGCAACAUUUACCUCGCUGAAGCCGCCAAAUACGAAAUGGCCAUCCACUCUGUCAAAACCGCUGAAGAAAGCCAAUUCUUCAUCAGAGCUCAUUCUUAUGCAUUGAUACGUGCGAACGAGUGCAGCGAAGGCAUGGAAAUCGCCCGAAAAAUACAAAACCGUGAAGGUGACCGCGUCUUGGAUCUCCGUGAUUCUAUCAAGGAGAAGGAUGAAACCAUUUUCAACCACCAGAAUGAAGUCGACAAUUACGAAAUGUUAGCACUAAAUGCCCAUGCCAAGUCCAAGCUUUCCAAAAUCAGGGCUCGUGUGGCCGACCAAAAAGCUAAGGUUGCCCAAGCUAACAAGGACGUUCUAUUAAAGACGAUCAAGCACGCUAAACAAGAGCUCGAAGCCGCUAGAGCCGAGAAACCCACCCAUGGCCUCUAA